AUGAAUUUAUUCUCAGAAUUGAAGGAUAAUGAUCUGUUUAAUGGAGAUUUCUUGGACAAGAACUUGAUCCAGUUUUGCCUAAUGGAAAUUAUACAGGAAUUUACUUCAAUAACACCUGACACGUUCAAACGCAUACGCAGCAAGGAACGAAAGCACCGGAGAGCAUUUUUUCGUUUCCGCUGCGCCAUCUGCUUGGUCGUCAUCUUAACAAGAGCGUUCAGGAUUAGGAAAAAGUAUUUCAAUACGAAAAAGAAGGGAAGACGACAUUCUGGCGCCAAUGGCGGAGAAAGUAACAAGAGUGAUACAUUUAUUACCAGCUUGCAGACUAUCAGAUUGGCAAACUUUAAAAGCAGUAUAGCAUUAGAAUUACAGCUAUAUUUAACAAACCUACCAGAACAUAGAGACGAACGUCAGAUUAAGAAAAUCAUUUACUAUCUCCGAGCAACCAAGGCAUUCAAUAUUUUUCCAAGCGGGGUUGAAGAAGACCUUGCGCGUUUUAUUGGUUACGAUUGCUAUGACGACGGCCGAAUAAUCGCAUUUCAAGGAAGGAUACCCGAUCGAUUUUAUUACGUCAUAUCUGGAAAAAUACAACUCAUUCGUCAGUAUAAAUUGCAAACCGGUGUGGUAAAUAAAGUAAUGACAACAUUGCAAAAAGGAAGCUUUACAGAUGCUGAAGAACUAGAGCGACAAUGGUUACGACAGUGCCACCUCGUAUGUAAAGGCAUGGUUGAAGUACUUGUUCUCGAUAAACAUGUUUAUUUCCAAUUACGAAAUACAAUAAUAGGUCCUCCAAUAGAGUUUCUAAGAUCUCUUGAUUUACUCAAGGACUUUCCACUUGAAAUUUUCCAUCAACAUCCAGAGGCAAUACAGUACAAAUACUACAGAAAUCAAAACCAUAGACUUAAGCCUAGAAUAAAGAGAACCGACAGCACUAGAGCACCCCUUGACCUGCCUGUAUUAGCUAUUAUAGAACCGGAAGUUAGCCCAACACUUCAUAAGCCUAAAUAUUUUAGAAGCAGUGGAUUAUUUAUGACACAACGGUCGCGGACGGAUACUUCGGUAGCAAGUGGAGGACCAAAGCGUAAAGGAAACUGUCGGGAGCCUGCAGGCCCGCAAGAUGUUCAACGUUUGGCUUAUCUACAAGUUGAUACACUACAACAAGGAGACAUAUUUGGGUUGAAUGACCUUCUGGGUAAUACGCCAUCCGAUCAGUCAGGCAUUGCAGUGUGGAGUGAAGGUGCCGAAAUCGUUGCAAUCAACAAACGUUUCUUCAAGAACAACGCGGGUUUACCGACAAUGUUGCGAGUGGACAUGCUGAUCAGGGACUGGAUGAACGAGGAAGACGCUAGUGAUCGAAUUGAAACUCAAGAUUCGUGGCAGGAAUACAAAGCUGUAUUAAUGGAACGCAUGAUAGAAAACAAGGUCAAACAGGCACAAGCAAAAUCGCUGACGUCACUGUAAGCAGUCGGUUCAUAGAAAGAAUACAGAAUAAAGGCUAUUCGUAAACUUGUGUAAUGCAAUCAUACAUGUACCAUGGAUAGGCCUAUCAGUGGCCAUAUUUGAUUGGUCGUUCACCUUGGGAGACGCCUACAUGCGUACCGGCCAAAAUGAGACGACCAGGUGAAUGACGCAAACAGUACUCGACACGCAGCAAAGUGGAUGCGUACAUCAUAGCAUGGAGGAAAUCUUAAUAUAUUUCUUCCAUGAUCAUACAUGGUACUCAAAAUACAGGUUAUAACAGCCUACUGUAAACCUAUUUUAUCAUAAUUAUUUAAUCAAUCAAUCAUUAAUGUUGCAUGUCUUUUAAUAAUAUGUCCUGUUCUUCACUCAUAAGCCAGAAUUAGCUGGUCUCAGUUUUAAUUUGAAAGUGUGAAUAAAUAAAGAACUAACUUCAAAAAAUAUUCCGAUUUAUUCUGUCUACGAUUAUUUUCUUACAACUUUGCAUUGGAAAAACGGUUAAUAUUUUCUUACAGCUCGACCUCCAAUUCGAAACCACCUUUGGAACCUAAAAAUGUGAGGUGGUCUCAUGCCUGGUUUGGUCUCCAAUUGUAUGGUUACCGUUGUGUUAUUAUUCUCGAAAUUAGAGUGGUCUUGAUCAUUUUGGAGGGUGCACUGCACUGCAUAAAUUCCAUUAAAGCAACGUUUUGUUUCCAGACCACUUGAGUAUUUGGGUACAUGAAAAACAUAAUUUUUCGUUUUCUUUCCUUAUCAAUAAUGUCUGUUUCCAACGAGAUUUAUUUCUCAUUGUAAAAAAAUAUCUUUCCUUCAUUAAAUCAAGAUUAGGGACAAUCUAAGCAUUGACUCCAUUCUUGCCUUUAACAUCAACCAUGUAUAUUUUUACAUACGAUGUGAUUUAGUUUAUCAAUUCAAAUACUGUGCAACAGUAUUGGUAUGUUAAAUAAUAAUAAUAAUUAUGGUGGAUGUAUAUAUUUGAAUAAAUGUAAAUAAUUUUUUUUCCCAUGGAUUUUCUAUUGAUCUUCUUGUAACAUUAUUUCCAUUAUUCUAUGAUUAGUAUAUCUGACGAUGACAUCAAUAACUCAGAGCUCCCAAGUGUCCAGGAUUGAGCAGGAGUCUCCAGGAAUUUUGGUUCAUUCCCAUUCUCCAGGAAACUCCACAUUUCCUCCCUGAUUUUUAAAAAAUUUUCACAACUGGAGCUUACGCUAAGCUCAAUAUUCCCAUUCUUAUGCAGACAAUAUGGCAAACAUAAGUCUUAUCGAACAUUAUGGGCAGCAAUAACGAAUUAAAAGUGACCCAAAGCUGCCAAAUCAUCAUCGCUUUUAUGGUAAACAUGGUAACAAGUUUGUACAUGUUUGUACUUGCACACACGUUUACGUUAGUACACACGUUGCAAACCUCUGCCAAACCUGCACGACAAAUAAGCCAUUUCGUAGUUUUAACUAAGCAUGCCCGUACCCAAGGUCAAUCGACAUAAACGUAUGUUGUGUGUGUGUAUCAAAGAUCUUUGGUGUGUAUGUAUGGAUGUUUGUUUAUGUAGACUGACUUUGAUGUAAGCAUGCAUAGUUCAGACUAAGAAAUGGCUUAACCUCCUGGAAUUUGACUUCCAUAACUUGACCAAUCAGAAAUAGAGAUGUAAAUUAGUUAAAUCGUCUUCAAUGUUUAUUCACAGUAUAGAAGAAUAAAUAAACGUAUAUUGUUAUUAUAUUAUAAUGCUGCUUAGGCAAGAUUAUGCACAAAUAAAAUAGGCCUAUUACUACCUACAAUUUUGUCCAUAAAACAUUUAUCACUAAAAUGAAGUAACAUGUUCAUCAUGUACCAGAGUGAAAAUAAUAACCAACUGUUGCUGUUAAAUAUUCAUGAUUAUUUAAAUAGGGUGCUUUGGGCGAAAAUGUGAAAAAUUUAUGACGGGUUCUUACCGGUAUUAUAUCCGCGGGUGGUCUACCUGUUCGCGCAUGAUUUAUGCUUUAAAAGAACCACUAACCUCGGAUGUAAAUCUUAAGGUUAAUAGAGUUUCUAUCCAAUGAUUUCUAUUUUUCUGUUUUCAUCUCUCUAGAUAUAAUCUGUGCCUCAUUUCACAAGUGAUCAUUAAUAACAGUAGUCAAAAAUAACAAAAUAACAUCGUUUGCUAUAAUUGACACAUUUAUUAUUGGCCAUUUUAAAAAGGUAAAUUUGUAAUAACGGCAAUAGUCACAGCGUUGGUAUGUAUCCAGGCACAUAUCCUGGAAAUGGCAGGAUAUUUAAUUGGAAUAGAAGGCGGCAUCAACGGAGACUCAAAAUCAAGUGAUGAAAUGACAGAAGAAGCUACAACAAUAAGCAGCUUCAUUCAUGCAGCAUACAUGGCAAAUUCCCAAUAAAUUGCAGAUGUGCAUAUUGUGGGCGUAUAAACCAUGAAUAAACUUUCAUUCUUUCACAAUGGUAGUUUAAACUUUAUACCUUCUUAGUUUAAAAACAGCAAAUUACUACCAUAAUAAACAGUGAUCAAGUAUGCAUGCGACGUACGGACGUAAUAAGGUAACAAUCUGGAUUCUAGGCUAGCCCUCCAUUGAAAUAAUUUUUUUUUAUCAGUUUUGUUUUCUGAAAUGAACUGUAAAAGAAGCAGAAACCAGUAAAAUGUAAACAAAGUUUACUUCUGGCGUGUGCCAAAACAAAUUAGGAACAAUCAGAAAGGGAUUAAACAAAAAUGCUUCCUGCUGCUAACGCAUGCGCAAAUAGGUCAGUUUUGCUCCACCAAAACACUGCAAUUUGCAGCGUUGGAUUAUCGGCGGAUAUCAGUAGGAGGUUCGAGUUUAACACCUGUUCGAGCAUGGAGAAAAUAAGAACCGUAAAUGGCU